AUGAGGGAUCGCAUAGUCCUUGGAUUGAGAGAUGCUACCCUACAGAGCAAAUUGCUAAACCAUCCCAACAUUACCACAAAUGAAGCCAUCGCCGAAGCAACUGCAGCCAAAGCAGCAAAGAAGUCUGCGGCAAAAAUGAAGCAGAUGAAUACAACCAACAGCCGGAGCCAAAAUAGAGAAAAGAAAACAGAAGGGGGCCAGAAGCAUACUACCACAACCUCUCACCAUGAAGAUAUUGAAUCAUCAACCGAGUCCGAAGAAGAUGAAGAGUUUAAAAAACACACCGAAAUUCUUCCAUUAACCAUCAUCGACCGAGAUUGCCCCAGCCUGCUCGGGUUAGAAUGGUUCGAGCCUCUAGGAAUUGAAGUGACAGGAAUCAACAGCGUCGCCCUGACGGACUGGGAGAAAGACCUGAUGGAGGAAUUCCAUGACGUAUUCGACGGGACCUUAGGAAAAGCUAUAACCCAUGCAGACGCAUUAAGCCGUUCACCACUACCAGGUCAUGACGACGAUCCAGCUCCCACGACGCAUACCCUACAAAUUGAAACAGUUCCUAAUUGGCCCCUCACCGCAUCGGAUAUAGCAAGGGAAACAGCAAAAGAUGCACUGAUGGCCCGAAUACUGAACUGGGUAGGACAGGGCUGGCCGGAAAACGAAAAAGCCGAGACUUUUAAACCAUUUAAAAACCAGCAAACUGAAUUGUCAAUUGAGAAAGGAUGCAUAUUGUGGGGAGAUCGGGUAGUUGUUCCAAAAAAAUUACAAGAAGAUAUACUAAACAUGUUGCAUGAAGGACACCCGGGCAUGGUAAAGAUGAAGUCCCUGGCCAGAAGCUACGUCUGGUGGCCAGGAAUAGAUAAAGACAUUGAAACCUGGGUCAAAACAUGCAACAAAUGCCAGUCAUCCAGACCCACUCCCCCCUUGGCACUGAUCCUUGACUGGGAGACACCCAGAGGCCCCUGGUCAAGGAUCCACAUACACUUUGCCGGACCCACAAAAGGAUAUACUUAUCUAAUUACAGUGGAUGCCUACUCCAACUGGUUAGAAGUCAGCAUCAUGAGUUCGACAACAACAGAAGCCGUCACCAAACAACUAAAGAAACUUUUCGCCACCCACGGUCUACCAGAUGUAGUAGUAUCGGACAAUGGGCCACAGUUUACAGCUUUGGCUUUUGAACAAUUCCUAAAAAUCAACACCAUGCUCACCAUCCAACAUGUAAUUCCAUGCACAGCAACAAACAAGAGCCCAGCUGAACUGUUAAUGGGCAGGAAGUUGCGCUCCUAUUUGGACAGACUGCACCCCACUUACAACCCUGAAAAGCCACCAGACUCUUCCAGUAAGUACCAAUCGUUUUUGCCAGGUGACCUGGUAUAUGCAAAAAACCUUACCAGAGAACCGUUGUGGUUACCGGCAACAAUCACACAAAUUACAGGUCCCCGAUCAUACCGACUAGUAACAACUGACGGCAGAUCAUGGAAAAGACACAUCGAUCAAUUACGGUCACGAUACAUCGAACGCAACACCGACACUUCCCACAACAUGGAACUAACAAUUCUACAAGCACCACCAGACAACUUAAUAAAAAAGCCAGAGGGGGGGGAGACAUUUAAAUAA